AUGGCGCAACUGAAUGGUUCAAAUGUAAUUUCAAUCAAGUCCGAAGCUGAAUUCAGUGACGUUGGUGAUUGGUCCAAUGAGCUCGACCAUCUUCCUUUACUACAACGUCGUAAAUUAUUACUGUCAGGGAAACCAACAACAACGUCCAAUGGUGAUGUUGGUGUUAAAAAGGAAGAUGAGGAUUCACAGGUAGUUUCUGUGAGUGGGUCUUGUGCGAAUGUGAGAGAAGGUAGCAUUGUUGCGGGAAAUCGAUGUUUGCAAAAUGGCUUUGGUGGGCAAGACUUGGUUAUGUCAGGAGAUUGCAAUAGUGAGGGGACUAAAGCAAAUGCAAAUGUUUGUUCAAAUCAGGUAAUGUAUUUGGAAGUUAAUGGUAAUGGCGUUGGAAUAGAGAAAUACGAGACUGGCUUUUGCACUUUAACCCAGAAUUUGAUGGUGCGGAGCCAACCUGCUGAAGUAAAGGCUGAGAGUUCCAAUGAUAAUGUUCAGAGUCCAUUAGGAGAUAGCAUGACUGGCUCUGCUGUUGCUGAUACGCAAGUAAUUAAGGUCAAGAGUCAUAUUCCUGAUGACUUUGCUGAUGAUCUUGAUCACGUUGUAUUGAGAGAGCGGCUAAGGAUGCUGCUACCAAGGAAAAUGUUGAGGUUGGAAAAGCCAAAUUUGGAGGGAAUGGAUCUGGAGUCAAAUCCACCUGAGAAACUGGAUUCUGUGCCUGCAACAACUAAUAGUAUGGCUAGCUCAAGUUUAUCAAACAUGAUCAAAGUCAAGGCUGAACCAUUCGAUAACCAUGAAUUGCACAGCUCAGACAGAAUUGCUGUUGCUACCUUUUCUGUUAACAAGGUACCGGUGAAGACUGAACUUGAAAUCCCCAAUGAACUGUAUGAAGACAAGCUGGAUCAUAUGCAAUUGCAAGAUCGCAUCAAUAUGCAGACGAAAGGGAAGAAUUCUGUAUCAAAGAUUUUGGGGAAUUCUGAAUGCUUGCAUAAAGCCAUCCCUUCUGAUGUUAAGUGUGGCUCGACUGAUCCAGAAGCUCCAGACCCAUUAAGGUUCAUCCGACCACGGAAAAGGAAGAAGACUGCCACGGAUUCCGUUGAAACAGCACUGGAGGAAGAUGCUCCUGGAAUUCUGCAGGUGCUAGUUGAACAAGGGGUAUCACUUGAAGAAAUUAAGCUUUAUGGAGAGGCAGAUGAUGAUGAAGCCAUGGAUGAAUCAUUUAUUGAAGAUGGGUUUGGAGAGCUUGAAGCUGUUAUGUCAAAGACACGGUAUCUUCGGUUUCGUAAUUGGCCUGCUGAAUGGGGUUGGUGCCGAGAUCUACAGUCAUUUGUAUUUGUCUUUGAAAAGCAUAACAGAAUAGUGCUGGAACGCCCUGAAUAUGGCUAUGCGACAUAUUUCUUUGAGCUGGUAGAUUCCAUAUCCGUUGAUUGGCAGAUUAAGCGUCUGGUGACUGCCAUGAAACUUACCAACUGUGGCAGGAUUAGUGUGAUUGAGAACAGACCAUUAUUGUCUGCUGAUGGGCUCUCUGUGCAACCAAGAGUUUUUGUCUUAAUCCUUGUAAAGUGGGCAGUGCAUGACCUGGAACAGCAAUGCUCUUGGUUGGGUUUGUUUAUGGGGGUUGGAGAAGACAUAACUGAAGGCGAGGCUCAGGUGUUGACGCAGUAUGGUUGGACACCAAAUAGUGGCUUAGGAACCAUGCUAAACUAUCGUGACAGAGUUUUUCAUGACAGGAAGAAUGAAAAGGAUAGCUCAGAGUGGAGAUUGAAAAUAGGAAAGUUGUUGAUGAAUGGUUUUAAUGGAGGGAGUAUUGUUUCAAACAAUAUCGAGACGGAGCUUAUACAACAUAACAGUGCUGAGAGCCCACAAAUUAAGUUGGAGCUCUAA